AUGAUGAUCCGCCAGUUCUACCUGCGACUCACGUUCUUCAAGUACUUCUUGAACUGGCUGGAUUUUCUGGUGGUUUGCAGCUCAUGGAUUGAGUUGUUUGCUGCCGGCCUGCCCAUCAACCCCACUUUCCUGCGCAUGCUCCGCUUGGGGAAGCUUCUACGAGCGAUUCGUGUUGUCCGCAUGUCGCAAGUCCUGGAAUCCUUGCAGUUGCUUUUGAAGUGCAUUGCAGCCAGUGUGAAAAUACUCUUUUGGUCUUUGUUUCUUUUAAUGAUCAUUCAGAUCAGCGCUGGUAUGAGCAUUAGCUAUUUGGUCAGUGAAUAUUUGGUGGAUCCAACCGUGGAUAUCAAGAAUCGGGAAGCCGUUUUUAGAUACUAUGGAUCCUUUACGAAGACCUUACUGACAAUGUUUGAGGUCCUUUUUGCAAAUUGGGCUCCGCCCUGCCGGGUGCUGAUCGACAAUGUGAGCGAGUGGUACGCUUUAGUCUUCGUCAUCUACAGGUGUGUUGGAGGCCAUCGCAUCUGCUCUGAGGUUAACGCCGUCUUCGUCCAAUCCACCAUGAAGGUGGCCCAGGCAGACGAGGAAUUCAUUUUGUUGGAGAAGAAGAAGGCUGAGCAAGCCUAUCGACGAAAGGUCAACUCUCUCUUCAGACAGGUGGAUACGUCAGGCGAUGGCAAGAUCGACGCACAUGAGUUCAAGCGACUGCUGAAGGCGCCGAAGUUGCAAGCUUGGCUGACGCAGCUGGAGAUCGAGACCAAUGAUCUUUGGGGCCUCUUCAAGAUGUUGGAUCAAGGCGAGGGUGAGAUCUCUUUGAAAGACUUCGAGGAUGGGACCAUGCGAAUCAAAGGCCUGUCGCAAUGUCAGCUGACCGCUUUAGGCUUACUUAAGGCUUAUUAUAUAUUAAUAAAUAUAUAUAUAUGUUUAUUCUCCAUGUGUUUAUUCUCCACAACUCAGCCACCCAAGAUGCGAACAAACUCCGAUUGA